ACAGUUCAGAGUAACAACAGUGUCUGGCUUCAGUCUCCGGCUUCAAGAUGAUGACUUCACAGUUCGUUGCAGGGUAAGUAGUUGUUCUUUUAAUGUUGUUUAACCCUUUGCUGAAAUACACCUUUUUAAUGUUCCUUGACUUCACUUGUUCAGGGCUUCCCUCUUUGCCUUGCUGAUUGUGGAUAUCUGCUGCCUUCCUGUUAAGUCAGGUAAAGUCAACUCAGGGUAUUUUGUGUUUGUUAUAUUUUUACUUGAGUCUCCUGAUGACUAAACUGAAUACUUUGUACCCAGGUUUUGAUCCCAGUGCUUCUUAUGGUGGUGGUGGUCAUGUCAGUGCUGCUCCCUCUUAUGGCUCUGACUAUGGCGCACUCAGCUUUGCUCCCACUGAAGGUUCAUCAUCUCAUGAGGUUGCAGAAGAAGCCGGUUUCGCUCAGCCUGCCAUUCAGGGACAAGCUGUUGCAAUUGUUGGUCAGUCUGGAGCAGGCCAACAGGUAGCAACACCUAACCCUGCCUACUUUGCCAUGACUGGACCAGGUCUUCAACAAGGCCCAGAAGGUACUGCAUGAAGUGUGGCUAAAUAAACCAUACUUUUAGUCAUUUCAGUAGUUGCUUGGUUUAACUAUUUCUCUCUUUUUUUUUUUUUUUUUUUUUUUUUUUUUUUAAGAUGUCAACUGGGCUGUUCAACCUCUCAGUUUCCUCUCUGGAAGUGAUGGUGGCUACAUCUCGGCUGAGGAGGCUCCAGCUUAUGGACCAGUGUACCAGGGAGGAGAUCUGUCAGGUUAUGAGGGAAGCUAUGAGCUUGGAGACUCAGCCAGGGAAACUCAAGGACUGGGCUACAAGACUGCUGCUGCUGCCGCCCCCAAAACACAGCAGUCUCCUGUAGUGACGUACACCAGUGUGCCCAGCUCUGACAUGGUUGCAACCUGGGGUGUUCAUCCUUACUACGACUACAUGUUCAUGACUGGCCAGUAUCCUCCCGGCACCAUCACUCACUCUGCCAGCAGCUAUGAGCAAGGAAGAGACCACUUCCAAGAUGUUCACUACCAGAGAUACUACAUUCCCCAGUACACCCUACAGGAGAUUAAUGUUCAAGUCCCCCAAACCCCCAAGGGUGCACCUGUGAAGGGCAAGGUAAGUGACUUUCAUAAUCGGUGACUGUUGUUGUCUGCUUGAAUUAACACUUUUUGUUUUUAUCCUCUCUUCCAGGGUGGCUAUUAAGAGGUG